CAAACCAGCUUCUUCCCAAGACUGGAAGAUUUAGCAAUAAGGGUUUUUUUUCUCCUUUUUUGUGCACUCCUUCCUUUUCUCUACGCGCCCUCAUUCCGUACCUCUUUCGCUUCUACGUUGCGUUUACGCCUUAUCUUGAAAGGCAAAUGGAAACGGACCUUGGAAAAAAGUAGUACAAAGAUUCCCAAAAAGCGGCCACUGUUCUUUGGGGUGGAAUUUCGUAUACUUUCGUUCAACAUUUUCCCUCCCUCACGUUCGUCGAGUUCUUUGGGAAUUUUGCAACACUCGGAGUAACUUAACUUUUGUUUUUUAAGGUUAUUCGUUUCUUUGAAGUCGUGGUGCUUAUAUCGUAGCUAUGUCUGUAAACUCGCUAGACGCAGUUAAACGAAAGAUCCAGGCCUUGCAACAGCAGGCGGACGACGCAGAAGACCGAGCUCAGCUUUUGCAAAGGGAGCUGGACGUUGAGCGGGAUCUGCGAGAGAAAGCAGAGGGCGAGGUAGCUGCUCUGAACCGCAGGAUUCAGCUAAUCGAAGAGGAGCUGGACAGAGCCCAAGAGCGACUGGCCACUGCACUCCAAAAACUAGAGGAGGCAGAGAAAGCAGCUGAUGAAAGCGAGAGGGGAAUGAAGGUGAUUGAGAACCGUGCUAUGAAGGAUGAGGAGAAGAUGGAAAUUCAGGAGCUACAGCUCAAGGAAGCCAAACACAUCGCAGAGGAGGCCGAUCGCAAGUACGAGGAGGUGGCUCGGAAGCUGGUGAUCCUGGAGGGGGACCUGGAGAGGGCCGAGGAGAGGGCAGAGAUUUCCGAGCUGAAAGGCGGAGACAUGGAGGAGGAGCUGAAGAAUGUAACCAAUAACCUAAAGUCCCUUGAGGCCCAGUCUGAGAAGUACUCGGAGAAGGAAGACAAAUAUGAGGAUGAGAUUAAGCUGCUUUCUGACAAACUGAAGGAGGCAGAGACUCGUGCUGAGUUUGCAGAGAGGACUGUGGCCAAACUGGAAAAGACCAUCGAUGACCUCGAGGAGGGCCUGGCAGGUGCAAAGGAGGAAAAUUUGAAUUUGCACCAAGUGUUGGAUCAAACACUUCAAGAGCUCAACAGCUUGUGAAAAAUCACAACGAUGACCUCUUCACCAUCAGCAUUCACAAUCUAAUCAAUUCUGUGUGAGUGAGUGAGUGAGAGUGAGAGUGUGUGUUCUAUUGUUCUCUUGGUGUUAUAUCUUCUAUUUUUGUUCCACACCCUCCCACACAGUCACCAAAUAAUGUGGUGUGUGUGCGCAUGUUUGAGUGUGAGAGAGAUCAUUACAUUCCAAAUCUAUUACAGAUUCAAUCAUUUGAAUGACUUAUAAUCGUCAAAAUAUGUAAAAAUAAUAUCACCCACUUCCAAGAGUGAGUCCUGCAGUCAUGUCCAUUAGACUUGUAUUUUAUUUUAUUUAUUUCUUUUGAAAGGAAGUAUGUCAAAUUGCACGAAGCAAUCAGUGAUGUGAUGAUCUCAACACACGCUGACAUUCCUUAGACUUCUUUCAGCAGACACUAAAAAAGGCAGGUCGGUAUUAAAACCUGCAGAAGCAAUUGAAUAAAUGGCUGUACUAAUAAAGGAUUACGCACACUAAAUAGAUAUGCCCAUUUCCAAUGAAAUUGCAAUGUUACAGGCGAUUUGCAUAUCUCAUUUUUGAUUGGGCAGUUCUUUCUCCGCGACCCCACCUCCCCUUUUUAUUUCCUGGCGCAUGCAAGAAAGUUCUAUUAAAAUUGGUAAAUCUGUCAUGCUUUAAACCCAUAAUAAAUUUACACAAUUC